CAAGAUAAGAAAUCCAAACGGAAAGAGAGGACCUUUGUUGAUUCUUCAUCUUCUUCAAUUUCAUCAUCUAAGUUAUUUAUAUCCACACAAUUUGAAAAAUGGAGCUCACGUUGCCUUCUCUCUCAUUUUCAACAUCAGAAUUGCCGAAAGUACUUGUCCAUUCAAGUAAUCGAUGUUCUAACUCUACAUUACGUUUGAGGUCACUAGAGCGGAGACGAAGGAAGUUCAUUGUAUAUUCCUCUCUACCAGAAACUGCUGCUUCUAUUGUAAUUGCGGCUGCUGUCGUAGGUACAGCAACAAACUAUCUUCUUAAAACGAUGAAAGCAUCUGAAUCUACCAAUGCAGAGAACCUUUUGAAACCCUGCGAGGAUUGUAGCGGUACUGGUAUUUGUGGAGAAUGUAAGGGUGAGGGGUUUGUGGUUAAGAGAAUGUCAGAUGAAAGAGCUGAGAAGGCAAGGUUAUCUGCUAAGAAUAUGGCUACGCGAUAUACUGCAGGGCUCCCCAAAAAAUGGAGUUACUGCACAAAAUGCUCUUCUUCGAGAUCUUGUACUACUUGCGGUGGCCGUGGAACAUUAUAAGCUGAUAAUGCCUGGACCUCCUCAACACUCAUGGCAGUGUCCUCAUACAAAUUCAGUAUGACUUUGAAAACCACAUACAACUUGGGAUUUUAUUAGCUGUUGUAUUUAGACUUGGAAAUUCAUUCCUUUACUUGUCUCCUGUAAGCUGUAACUCUUUCUGAAAUACGCAGUAUAAUAGAAAAUUUUGCUGUAACUAAGACUGUAAAUAUGCAGCACACUUGAAUUUAA